AUGUACCAGGUGUUAGUUUUGAACCCAAAUUCGUCGCAGAAAGUCACAGAUAACUUGCGUGACACGGUGUUGGCACCGAGCACAGUGGAACUCUCAUUUUAUACGGCUCCACCUUCGGCGCCCAAGGAGAUAACAGGAGAGGAAACUUCUCAGCAAUCGGAGAAAGUUGUUCUAGAUGACUUAAAAGACAAGAAGUUGAACUACGAUGGCAUCUUGGUGUGCUGCUACUCAGACCAUCCGCUAGUGCGUUCAUUGGCGAAGUUGGUGGACUGCCCAGUCAUGGGAAUCAUGCAAGCUACCCUUCUUUAUGCAUUGCUGAACGGCACAAUUCGGAAGCUGUUUGUGUUAACAAGCGUCAGCGAGUGGCUCCCGCUUUUGGAUAAAGCAAUUGUGGACUUUGUAGGGGCUGAUCUGUUCCCCAGUGGCAAAUUUCAGAAGACUCGAGCGUUGGAUGUCAAUGUCACCAAUCUCAGUGAUCCAGAACAAUUUGCCAAAAUCGAAAAAAAGGUCAGUGGGUUCUUGGAUGAGUACAAGGAUGACGAAAUUGACUGUGUACUUCUUGGGUGUGCGGGGAUGGCCGGACUUGACAAAAAGUUGGCGGAAAAGUUUCCGUUGCAAUUCAUAGACAGUGUAAAAAUAGGGGUUGAUUUUUUGACAGGUCUCAUGCAAUUCAAGGCACGAGAGUAG